UUUUGUGAUUAUUCGUGGGUUAACGCUCAUGCAAUGUGAUAUGCACGUGCGAUGGCGCGGUAGAGCGGGUAACUUAUGCAUGUCUCAUUCGAGCUAGAUAUCUAGGUACGGAGGUUUGUUGUGAAUAGGUAGGGAAAUGUGGGGGUGGUGUUACUUUGACGGCGUCCCGAGUCAGGGUCGAGUAUUUUUGUAUCAGCGUCUGCAUGUCGGCGGCAUUGGGGAGCUUGAAGAGGGUGAUGCGGGCGAUUUUGGACAUGGUGAUGGGUUGGAACUGGGGAUAAUUGUGGAGAGGCAAUAUUGAUAGUUUGGGAGUGGUGUUUGUGGGUGAAUUGGAGCGGCUACGGGGUUGGGGACUUGUGCUGUCUAUGUACAUGCCAGUUCGGAUGCCAGUUCGGACGUGGGAGGAGAGCCAGAGGUGGCGGAAUAUCAUCUUCGGGUGCGGAAUUACGACGACAUUUUGGUACCGGAAUGUAUUGCUUUGCUUUGCUUUGCUUUGGUCAUCUAUCUUCGAGACUGGACACCGGUAUGUGACUUGGGAUCACGAUGUGCUCAAGAGCAGAGCACAUGAGAGUGGGGUAGCGGUACAUGUUCUGCUAUUUUGGUACGAGCGUCAUUCUCAGGUAAAUAAAUGUACGCGGGAUAUUGCGUCGUGCCAAUGUUACACAAAGGACCCUUCGUCAGACACAAGGGUGGGUAAGCGAUCCGGACCGUUCCAAACCCCCUGCGACUGCCCGUGCUGCAGCACGUCUCAUAUGUACACAGUAAGACUGACGAGGUUUGUUGUGGUUGGCGAUGGUCGUGGUUGGCGAGGCGCUCGAACUCGUGGGUCUUCACAGGAAAGAGACCGAUUCGAAGGGAGCAUUUAUCCACGACAUCCACACUUUCAAUGGCGAGGCUUCAUCUUUUUCAUGUCUCAUGUAAUGGCAGUGAAAUACCGACAAUCUCGUUCGCAUCUGCCAUUGUUGCCCCUCUCGAUCGUUCCAAGUUGCCACGCAAGCUGCAUUCUCUCACCGCCAUUCUCCUUUCUAUAGUUGCGCAUUGCAGAUGGCGCGAGCGCCUGUGGCCGGUGCACCCUCGCGUCAUCCCCAGAUUUCCUGGUCGUGCAACCGACCUGUGUCGCAGCGCUUGCUCUCUCUCUCGACGGGGUAUCAGAGCAGCCAACUGAUUCGCCUGGAGUCCAUUGUCCAGCCUCUGUCCUCCCGUUAGUGGAGAGUUCGCGGUGUCUUUUCGUCGACGCCUGUAGGCGCAAUUCCGUUCCUAGCCUGCCCAACACAGACCUCACCCAGGCUUUGGAUUGACUUGAAAAC